AUGAGCACAGAAGAAACUACGCCCCUUCCUACCGAGGAACAACCACUACAACAGGUGGAAGUAGAAGAAACCCAAGAGGAAGAGAAUGCAGAUGUAAACAUGAUUCAAGACGAAGAAGCUACAGAGACAGUACCAGAAUCAGCUAUUGACAAUAAUAAUAAACCUCAUGAAAUAAACUACGAAGAAGAGGCGCAAAAAUUAGAAGAAAGAGCGUUGAAAUUCUUGGCUAAACAAACUCAUCCAAUAAUUAUUCCAUCCUUUGCACAAUGGUUUGAUAUAUCCAAGAUCCAUGAAAUUGAAAGAAGAUCUAACCCUGAUUUCUUUGAUGACUCUUCGAGAUUCAAAUCACCAAAAUCCUACAAGGACACCAGAAAUUUCAUCAUAAAUACAUAUAGAUUGUCACCAUUUGAAUACCUUACUAUCACCGCAGUGAGAAGAAAUAUAGCCAUGGAUGUAUCUUCCAUUGUGAAAAUCCAUUCCUUUUUGGAACGUUGGGGCUUGAUCAACUAUCAAAUUGAUCCAAAAUCAAAACCAUCCUUAAUAGGCCCAGCAUUCACUGGUCAUUUCCAAAUGAUACUGGAUGCACCACAAGGUUUAAAACCAAUGAUACCAACUGAAACAAUUACUACUCAAAAUGACGAUGGUAGUACUGUUGAAACGGAAGGGGGAUCAAAUAAGGUUAAACGUGGACCAUUCCCAUUGAACCUUUCAUUAAGACAAAACGUUUAUGAUUCAACAAAUGAUUUUAAUGCUUUACAAUCUGCUUCAUCAAAUAAUAAUAAACAACCAAUUAAUAAGACGUAUGUGUGCCAUACUUGUGGGAAUAAUGCCGUCACGGUCAGGUAUCAUAAUCUUCGUUCCAAGGAUUCUAAUUUAUGUGCUAGAUGUUUCAAAGAGGGUCAUUUUGGUGCUAAUUUCCAAUCUACUGAUUUUAUUAAAUUGGAAAAUGAUAGUAAACGAACAAAGACUUGGUCUGAUCAAGAAAUAUUGUUACUAUUGGAAGGUUUGGAAAUGUAUGAGGAUCAAUGGGAAAAAAUUGUGGAUCACGUCGGUGGUACCAAAAGUUUGGAAGAUUGUGUUGAGAAAUUUUUAAGUUUACCUAUCGAAGAUAAAUAUAUUAAUGAUAUUAUUGGCUCCAAGAAAGACGUUCAGAAGGAUAAUGAUGAAGGGACAUCCAAACCUAUUUUCAAUACAGUAGAGGCCGUCGAUGCUACCAUCAAAUCUUUAUUAGGCGGUCUACACAAGGAAACGCUGGACGAAGCUAUACCAGAAUCUGCUAACAGAUUAGCAGAGAAAUACAUACAAGAAACCCAAGCUGUUGCAUUAGAAUUAGUUAACUUAACGAUGAAAAAGUUGGAUUUGAAAUAUUCCAAAUUAAUUAAACUAGAAACAAGUCUGGAGGAAGAACGUGCAAGGUACAUUAAAGAAACAGAAAGGGCGAAUAACGAUAGAUUGUCAUUAAGUAAACAAGUUGCGGAAUUGAAUGAAGAAUUAUCUAAAUUAAAUAUUUCUAAGCGGGUGGUUCUAGCAUCUGAACAAGUAGAUGCCGGUAUUAAACUCGUGGAUAAUGAUGAAGAAAACGAUGAAUUGAACGAAACCAAUACAGCAUUGAAAAAGAUAUCUGAUCAAGAAGCCGAGGCUCUUUCUCAAUUAGAACCUCAAGUAUAUAAACCAUGGUCAUUGUAA